AUGUGGUGUUCAAAUUGCCAUGGAGUUGAACCAUUGCAACAAGCAACAUGGUGGUCAAAGCAGGCAAAAGCUAGGGUGCGCCUUCCGCAGCCAUACCUUAUAAAGCAUUACAACCAGACAAUGGGAGGUGUGGACAGGAUGGAUCAAAAUGUUGAGAAGUAUCGUAUCUCUAUCAGAUCCAAGAAGUGGUGGUGGCCAGUGUUUAUGUAUUGCAUUGACCUUGCGGUGCAGCAAACCUGGCACAUUUACCGUGCUACUGAUGCAGGAUUGAGGCAACCAUUAGAUCUGUUAGGUGUCAGACGAGCUCUGGUUACUGUGCUGCUUGCUCAGGGGCGUACACCUGCUGUCAGCCCUGGCAGACAAGAGGUUCAUGAGUGGUUAGCCAUGAGAGGCACCUGGAACAGAAUUUCAAUAGCCGUGAUAGCAAUUGAUGGAACUUCUUAUGGAAUCAGUAGCCCUAUGCUUGAAUGA